UAUGGUAGCUUCGAAUUUGGUAGUAGCGGACAAGGAGAUGUUGAAGGAGAUUCUAGUGAAACAGUUCAAUAACUUCCCAGAUAGAAUGACGUUUGAAGAUUUCAACGGCGAUAUGGAAAGAAGCCUUUUGAAUACCAAGGGCGAUCACUGGAAACAUGACCGGGGUGUUAUUACUCCUACGUUUUCAUCCGGCAAACUACGAAAGAUGAUGCCAUUAGUUCAGGAAGCGUGUGGCACUCUGGUCAAAACAUGUCGGAACAGCAUGAUCAAUGGGGACGGAGGCCAGGUAGAAAUAAGAAGGUUAUUUGGAGGAUUCACCAUGGAUGUGAUCAGCUCUACGGCUUUCGGUAUUCACGUCGAUUCCCAGGAAAACCCAAAUGACCUCUUUGUAACUCACGCCAAAAAGAUGUUUGACAUCAGUUUAGCGUCGCCUGCCGUACUUAUGAUCAUGUUGUUUCCAUCAUUUAAACCGUUAUUCCGGAAAUUGGGUACAAGUAUUUUCCCAAAAGACAGCAUGGCUUACUUCCGUAAAAUCACUACACAGCUGUUGGAGGAGAGGAGACAAAGCAAGGGGGAAGGUCGAACAGAUUUCCUCCAGCUGAUGGUAGAUGCCCAGGAAGGUACACGCGACAUUGACGAGACCAACAGAUCCGCUCAUCAGAAGGAAUCCAGUCCAAAAG